AUGGCCCCUCGAAGCAGGUUCUUCGAAAAGUACGCCGACGACGAAGACGAAGUGGAUGCCUUCGAGCUGCUUGAGGACUUCGCAUCUGCUCCCACUGAUGAUGUGCGAGAGAUCUCCGCCAGCAAGAAGGCGGAGAGAGCGCGGGAUUACGCAAAGAAGCAGAUUGAUCCGGAAGGCAUAUGGCUCGGCAUGUGCUGCGACGAUGAGAAGGCGAAGAUGUACUGCAAGAUCUUCCUGCAGUGGUGUGUAAAAGCGUCCGGUCGAUGGGAGCUUUGUCUCGGGCCAGCCGAGCGUGAAUGGGAGCGUGCAGUGACAUCGGCCAUCACGGUCACGGAGGUCUGGAAGUGUCUGGUCGUUGAGGCAGAUUCAACCGUAUUAUUUCGCAAGCGGAAGGAAGAUCGUGCCAACCGACGCAGAUGGAUAUUGUCUUUCGCUGAAAAGGACAGGACGGGGCCGGUUGCAGAGAUAUCUCGGUGGAUUGACGGACCAAUGGCGAGACAAUAUGGCCUUACUACCGAACAGAUGUUCGUGAAGCAAGAGACGACAGCUGAAGACAUUGCGGUGUUCCUCGACACCUUGUGGACUCGAUCAGAAGAUAUCCCCCUCACCCCGACCAAGCGGAUCGCCUUCCAUGUAUAUGUGCUGGUGGUUGGUAUUGGCGGCUUUCGCAAUAGCUCGGUGUUAGGACUGCCGUAUAGGCAAGUCCGCUUUGCGCUAGUACGGGAUCGUGAUCAUCCAGAUUCCUCGAAACUUGUCGCCCACGUCUUGAUCAUUCAGAACAAGCGCAGGAAAAACUUGCGCCGCACUCAAGAUGACAAGAUCGAGUUCACUAUUACUUUUGUACCGGGCCGUACAGUCUGUCUUCUAAGCCAACUUGCCUCCCGUGCCGUCGCCGACGAUGCUUUUGAGGCGGGGUACCAGACCCUCGAUGACUUGCUUUACCUGCCGCAACUGGAAUCAGGUAUCUACUACCUGCCUCUCCCGUUGAAAAACGAUGUUCUAGACAAGCCAAUUAUUCCACUGCACCAAGGAAAACUGAAUGAGAUCUGGAACCGUACCCUGUUGGUGUCAGGUCUGCGACAGACAAUGAAACCCUAUUCACUACGAGUUGGCGCAGCUAAUAGGCUCAACGGUGUUCUCGAGCCCGCUUUACGAAAUUACAUCCUG